UUUUCAAUAGAUGACAAGACGUAGCUGAUACUUCAUUUUAGUCUGUUGGCAGCAACAAUGAAGCCCUCAAAGGAUUGAACGAUGAGGUGCACAAUGCUUACGCCACCAUGUUACGGCCGCUCCAACUAUGGACCGGACAGAUCCCUCCAGAGGUCAUUCCUCUACUUGAAGAAUUCCACUUGGCCUUGGAAGAGCAAGUCAGGGAGAUCCGGUCGCUUGAGAGUCGAACGCCGUGGAAGAGGAUAAUCUCGGCGGGCACUAUCACACAAAGCAUCAAUGGCGUGAAGGCGUGUAUUAGUAAUGCGCUUUUCCGUUUUGCUACCGUAGCAACAACCUUAAACCUUCUUAACACAAUUCAAUCGUCGGUGGAUUAUGAACUCGGGAAACUCCCUAGAACGGAAGCUGAAUAUUUCUCCGUGAACAGCAAAUCAGAAUGCCUCCCAACUACGCGUGACAAAAUCCGUAGUUCGAUACUUGAUCAUCUCAAGGAACCCAAGAACCGAUUUGUCUGGUUACGCGGCUCCCCAGGGACAGGAAAGACCGCGAUAUCCAUAAGCACCGCUUCUGCCCUUGAUGACAAAGGCAUCCUGGCGGCUUCUUUCUUCUGGGAUAAGAAUCAGAAGGGAAAAGGACUAGAUUCGAUCGAACGGUUUCCCUCAACUCUUGCUCUUCAACUUGCAGCAUUCAACAUUGAGUACAAAUGCGCGCUCAUCAGGCAACUUCGGCAGCCCGGUUCAUUGAAAAAUAUUCGGGGUUCUACUGUAGAAAGGCAGAUGAAAGCCUGGGUUAUUGACCCGAUGAGUGGACUCAAAGAUAUCUUGACUUCAGGAAAUGACCGUUUUGUUAUCGUCUUGGAUGGACUCGAUGAAUGCGGGGAUCCAGAAGAACUCGAGUCACUGAUGAAGCUCGUACUCUUGCUUAAUGAGCUCCCUCCAACGUUCGCUAUUCUAGUUAGUUGUCGCCCCGAGUCCCAAGUUGUCUCGGCUUGGGACCAUGCGCAGGAACAGGGCCUUCUGAUUCCAUGCGAAAAUGUCGAUAAGAUUGCAGGGGGGGAGACUUUCCACACCAUCUAUUGCAUGGUAGAGGAAGGGUUCCAGGACUGUAUCAGGAAAUCGCCAUGGAAACCAUCAACGGGAGAUCUCGAGGUUUUCGCUUCGGCCUGCCGUGGAUUACCUGUCAUUGCCUCGAUUCGGAUACGUGAGGUGCGCAUUCAGACCCAAAGUGGUUCUUCUCUCAAGUUGGAGUUCGACUACUUCCGCAAUCUGAGAGAAGUACCAAGCGAUCUCAACUCGGAGUACCUGCGCAUACUACGGCGAGCCUAUAUGUCCCAUUCUCCAUGCCUUCGUCCCCACGUCGCCAAGAAUUACCGUGAAGUAGUCGGAGCACUUGUUGCUGUGGACUACUCACUUAAUGUCAAGUCGAUGUCGGAGCUUCUAGGAAUGACUAGGGAUGACCUCAUUGCAACACUAAAACCCAUCAGCUCAGUAAUUGACCUUCCCUCAAACAAUGCAAGGACAAUUUCUUUCUACCACACGACCAUGAAGGAAUUCAUUACAGGUGAUCCCAUUGGCGAGGAAAGCGAUCAAGUCUUCUUCAUUCGUGAUGUGAAGGGGUACUUCCUCGGAUUACGAUUUCUUCGACUUGUGAAUGACAUCAGCAGGCAGAAUGAGUUCAGCAUUCCCACCCAGCUUCCUUUGGGAGAUAAAAGGAAGUGGGAAGGUUUUAGGAGGAAGCGAUCUGGUGGCAAACACGUUGAAUAUGCAAUCCGAUACUUCCUCGAUCACUUGGACCCCUCACUAGUGUUCUCGCAAGAGCCGAAUGAAUUACAAAAAGAAUUUAAUGACUUGCUUACGCAGAAUGUACUCUCAUAUAUUACGAUGCAGUCUGGCAUAGCAUCCGUGCCACGAUCAUAAAUCAUAUCAGCUCACGUUCGGGGCUAUGGAUGCAUGCUACUACAAGGCGUAUUCUAAAACUGAGCGCUGUCCCUGGCAAGUCUAUCGAUCUGGUCUUCCACUCACUCCGUCGUCAUCACCCUUUCAUGAAAUGUAUGGCCAUCUCUCAGAUCCUAUUCGGGUCUUCAGCAUCUCUGGCGAGUUUUCUGGAAACUUAAUUCCGCUAAUAAGCCCCACCGAUACAGAAUAAAUAAUGAUUACAAUGCCGAGUUCGCCCAGCACGAUGUUCGCAACGGCAUCGUGACUUGUACGACACUCUCCCAAGAUGG